CCGGUGGUGGACGUGCUGAGAUUUGGGGUGUGAUAAGGAAGGGGUGCCGCGAGUAUGACGUGCGUGUUUCAGAGUUCUCUGCUGGCUAUAAAACGUGGUGGCACAGCCCGUCUAGGUGACAGGUCGGGUUAUUUAACUGCAGAACAGCCGCUCAGUGAGCCAGUUUGAGCAUCAUUAGAAUUUUACAGCUUUUGCAACUUUAUUUUGGAGAAGGAGCUUCAUAUUCGUCAUGACAUCCGUGAGCAUGUUUAUUUGGGCAAUGUGGCUGGUUGCUGCAGCUGAUGCAAAGAAGGAGGUAGAGAUUAUUCCAGCAUCGGGAGACACCCAGCUUCACAGCAGCAAGCUGUUUCUGUGCAAAGUGAAGGGGGGUGAAGCUGACAUUAAAUGGCUUGACCCGAACGGAAUGGAGAUCGAGGAUGGAGAAGACCAACGAUUCACAGUGGAAAAGAUCGAUGAGACAACUAGUACACUGCUGAUCAAUAGAGCAGAAAAGAACGACAACGGAAUCUAUACGUGUGUGUCCACCUUUGAGGACGGGACAGCAGAAAGAGUCACCGUCAAUAUAAAGGUUGUCCCUCCUCCCACUGCUAGGAUUUCAGAAGAGAGCGUCAACGCGACAUCUGGCUCCACCUCCAGCAUCACCUGUGUGGUGGAGGGGGAUCCGCAACCUCACAUCAACUGGACCAGGAACGGAAGACCUAUUAAAGCGAAACCCGGGCGGUUUGGGUUUAACUCGGACCAGAGCGUUCUGACAAUCUACGCAGUGGAGAAGACGGACGAGGGGCAAUACACCUGCAUAGCCACCAACAAAAUCAACAGCUCCAGUGCCAACGUGACCCUGCACGUGUCAGUGAAACCAGAAGUACAGCUUGAAAGGACCAAAGAGGCGCGACCCCAGGAAAGUACUUCAAUCACAUGUAAUGCCACAGGAGACCCCCUUCCCACAAUGCACUGGGUCCGGAAGGGCAACAAACUGGUCCCUGAUAGCCGCACUGAAAUCUCCCAGCAGCCCCUCUCGUCCACUCUCACCCUGCAGAAGGUGGAGCCCUCGGACGGGGGCAUCUACACCUGCGUGGCCACUAGCCCGGUCGGGGAGGACAGACGAGACAUCAUUGUGCAGAUGAAACCGGAAGUACAGCUUGAAAGGUCCAAAGAGGCGCGACCCCAGGAAAGUACUUCAAUCACAUGUAAUGCCACAGGAGACCCCCUUCCCACAAUGCACUGGGUCCGGAAGGGCAACAAACUGGUCCCUGAUAGCCGCACCGAAAUCUCCCAGCAGCCCCUCUCGUCCACUCUCACCCUGCAGAAGGUGGAGCCCUCGGACGGGGGCAUCUACACCUGCGUGGCCACUAGCCCGGUCGGGGAGGACAGACAAGACGUCAUUGUACAGACGAUCCCCUUCACCCCAGACAACGUGAGAGCUAAUCCAGGAGCCGCCUCUGUGGAUAUUAUAAUGGAGAUGCCCAAACCGAUCGAAGGAGCCGAGAUCCUCCGAUACAAACUGCAAUGGAGAGAGGAGGGCAGAAGCCAGUGGAGCACAACGACUGUGGAAGCCAACAAUUCCCUAACCAUCGCUGGCCUCCUCUCCGACACAUCAUAUGAGGUGCGAGUCGCUGCCAUUAACAAGAUAGGAGAAGGAGGCUUCUCUGCGCAGAACAAGGUCCGCACCCUGGCAAGCAUCGCGCUGUCCGUGUCUGAGAAGCCAGGCGUCGGCACUGGCGGAAUUGUGGGCAUCGUCAUGGUGAUCUUCCUGGUGCUGCUCGUCGCCGUGGAUACCACCUGCUACUUCACCAAUCACUGCGGCCUGAUGAUGUGCAUCGCGGUCAACCUGCUGGGCAAGAGGCCACCGGGGGCCAAGGGACUGGACGAGGAGGAGAGGAACGUGUCCACAGUCGACGUGGGACUGAAAGGGUUAAGUGCGUCGCAGGGGGGCGCCCCGAACCAACCGAACGGGGUUCUGAGCGAGGUGACGUGUGACAAAGCGCCCCUCACCGGAUUUGAGAAAUGUUCGCAGUAAGAGGACCCUACACUUGAGUCUGCUAGACCAGGACACAGAGCGCCGAUGGGAGUCACAGUUUUUGGGACCGAAGUUUUUCAAGACAGUUUUAAUUACACAGCGAAUCUCACAAGCCCGCACUGAAUAUCACUGUUGAAAACACACACACGAAUCCAUUAUAACAGCUCGCUUAACAACAGCAUUGUUCCCAGAGGAAGAAAGAAAGCGCUCACGGCACAGUUAUAAAACCCAGGAUUUCGAUCAGCCUUUCUUUCAAUUCCAGAUCUGGUAUUGAAGUUUAUAAUGCGUUAGAAAAUCGAUUCUAUGUCAGGUAUAAGAGAUCAGCCUUCGUUAAGUAUUUGUAAAAAAAAACAAAACGCAGUGCGUCUUGGUAUCUUGAUGCCAUACUGUACAUAGAACAAAUGGUAUAAUCUGAUAAUUAAAACAAAUCUUGUUUUUUGGUGAUUUAUAAUGAAUGAAUUAUAAUGUGUACAGCUCUGGGCAAAAGUUUUGCAUUACACUUAAAGAAAUCUCUUUCCAGAAGUCAGUAAUAGUGAACAGCUUCCAUAUGUUUCUGUUAUUGAUAUUGGUGUGUGUGUGCGUGCGAGUGUGUGCGUGCGUGCGUGUGUGUGCGUGCGUGCGUGCGUGCGUGCGUGUGCGUGUGUGUGCGUGCGUGCGUGUGUGGUGAACUUCAAUUCUGUAUAUAGAUCGUAACCAUAUUUACUCUGUAAAAAAAAUCGACUAAUCUCCUUUGAAAAAUUGAAAUAAAGAAUAAUUCUAUGAAUA